GCGCUGAUCAAUUUAGUCGCCGGUUGGGUAUGUGUCCGAUCGAGUUUGGUGCUCUUUAUCGCUCGUUCGAUGUUGCAAGAAUUUCAAUUUCAAGUUACUAGACUAGGCAUUUUUUUCAAUGAAUAUGAUCUUAUCCUCGGCAAAAUCGAAACUUAAAAGUGUUACUUCGAUCACUUCAAGAUCAUGUGCAGUCAGUAGUGUGGAAUCCGCAAAGCCGUAUAACGAUAUCCCAGGUCCUCGCGGCCCAUUUGGACUUGGUAAUAUCUAUCAGUACAUUCCUGGAAUUGGAAAUUAUAGCUUCGAUGCCUUACAUGAGUCCGGUAAAGAUAAGUACGAAAAAUAUGGCCCCAUUGUGCGAGAAACGAUGGUGCCCGGUCAAGACAUCGUUUGGUUGUAUGACCCAAACGACAUUGCGGCGGUGCUGAACGACAAAACGCCCGGAAUCUAUCCUUCGCGCAGAAGUCACACCGCGCUGGCCAAAUACCGAAGAGAUCGUCCCAAUGUGUAUCGAACGGCUGGUUUGUUAGCGACCAAUGGAAUCGAAUGGUGGAAGAUACGAUCGGAGUUGCAAAAAGGUUUGAGCUCUCCGCAGAGUGUGAGAAACUUCUUGUCUUUGACAGAUAAAGUUACCCGAGAGUUCGUUGCCAGCAUGAAAACAACCACAAAGGAUUGUAUUCCCGAUUUCAUGCCCGCUAUAUCAAGACUUAAUUUGGAAUUGGUCUGUUUGAUGGCUUUCGAUGUUCGAUUGGAAAGUUUUUCAGAUGAACAAAUGAAACCGAAUUCUUUAUCUUCACGGUUGAUGGAAUCUGCCGAGAUUACCAACCAAAGUAUCCUGCCAACCGACCAGGGCUUCCAACUGUGGAAAUACUUCGAGACCCCGGCUUAUCGAAAACUUCGGAAAGCACAAGAGUUUAUGGAAAAGACCGCCGUUGAGCUCGUAUCGGAAAAAUUACUCUAUUUCGAUGAAGAUCAACAGAAACUUGCAUCGGGAAGCCACCGAUCGCGAUCACUCCUAGAAGAAUAUUUGCGAAAUCCUAAUCUCGAGUUGAAUGACAUCAUCGGCAUGGCCGCUGAUCUACUUUUGGCCGGAGUGCAUACCACUUCGUACACGACAGCGUUUGCACUGUACCAUUUAUGUCUCAAUCCGGACGCUCAAGACAAACUUUAUCAAGAAGCUUGCAGAAUCCUGCCUGACCCAUGGGAAUGUCAAAUAGAAGCUUCCGCGCUAAACUCUGAAGCGUCGUACUGUCGCGCCGUGUUGAAGGAAUCUCUUCGUCUCAAUCCAAUAUCGAUCGGGGUCGGACGAAUCCUAAACAAGGAUGCCGUACUCGGAGGUUACCGCGUGCCGAAAGGGACCGUCGUGGUGACCCAAAAUCUGGUAUCUUGUCGCCAGGAACAGUAUUUCAAGAAUGCCAGUAAAUUCAUUCCGGAGAGAUGGAUGCGCAAAACUAAAGAGGACGUCAAUCCUCACCUGGUAUUGCCAUUUGGGCAUGGCAUGCGGUCGUGUAUUGCCCGCCGAAUGGCAGAGCAGAACAUGUUGGUGCUGCUGUUGAGGUUGAUUCGAUCGUACGAGAUUGAUUGGAAAGGUCAUGUUCCAAUGAAUAUCAAGACUAAGUUGAUCAACCAACCGGAUCAGCCGAUUCAAAUUAAAUUCGUUUCACGAAAAUCGUGAUUGAUUGUUUGCGUUGUUCAAGUGUAACACUGAGUAGAAUGAUUCCUGAACAUUUAUAACAAAUAUUAAAAGAAACUUUUAAAAACUC